AAGCAGUAUUUCUUUACUUGAUGUUACUAUGACUCACGCUAACAAAUGCUAUGUUUUGAUGAAGAAUAGUGUAUUUAUCUUACAUAACAAUACCAUGGAGGGGUAACAUUAAAAAAUCUUUCCUUUUAAACAUAUAUAUGCUCAGCAGAAUGAAAUUUAAACCACGUGUAACAAAACAUACUAAACAAAUUGUGCCAUGUGUGGAGCAUCAAUUUUGUUUCUGCAAAGACUGUGUUGUAUUGGGUGACAAAGCUAAAUGUAAACUGAAAAAGCAAUCCAUAAAAUACAUGCAAUGUGACUUUUAUUCGCCAACUGCAACAGAAGCAUCCCAGCACUCUGAGUUUGAUAUCAGCACCAUGGUGAAAUCAUCAAGUCGUGUUAUGAAAGCAGAACCUUCUCAUUUUGAAUUGAUGAAAGUCUUAGGUCAAGGAUCCUUUGGAAAGGUUUUUAUGGUCCGUAAAAUAGUUGGCCAAGAUAAAGGACAUAUAUAUGCCAUGAAAGUUUUAAAGAAGGCUACAUUAAAAGUUCGUGACCGUGUACGAACGAAAAUGGAACGAGAUAUUUUAGCUGAUGUUGAGCAUCCGUUUAUUGUCAAAUUACAUUAUGCAUUUCAAACCGAGGGAAAGCUUUACUUAGUACUGGGUUUUCUACGUGGCGGUGACCUAUUUACCCGACUCUCGAAAGAAGUCAUGUUUACGGAAGAAGAUGUCAAAAUUUAUCUUGCUGAACUUGCUAUGGCAUUGGAUCAUCUACAUCGUUUAGGGAUUGUCUAUCGUGAUUUAAAGCCUGAAAAUAUAUUACUUGAUGUUGAUGGUCAUAUUAAACUGACAGAUUUUGGAUUAAGUAAAGAAAGUAUUUUUGAUGUUGAUAAGAAAACUUACUCCUUUUGUGGAACGGUGGAAUACAUGGCACCAGAAGUGGUCAAUAGAAGAGGACAUGGUACUGCAUCAGAUUGGUGGUCAUUUGGUGUUUUAAUGUAUGAAAUGCUCACUGGCUCGUUACCAUUCCAAGGUGCUAACAGAAAAGACACUAUGACAAUGAUUCUUAAAGCUAAACUUGGAAUGCCACAAUUUUUAAGUCACAAUGCGCAACUUCUUUUGCGAGCUCUUUUUAAAAGGAACCCUCAAAACAGACUUGGUUACAAACAUGGGCUAGAAGAAAUAAAGCAGCAAGCUUUCUUUAAAAAUAUAGACUUUGAGAAAUUGUACCGCAAAGAACUGACCCCACCUUUCAGACCUGCGGUUUCCCGAAUGGACGAUACGUACUACUUUGAUAAAGAGUUUACUUCCAGGGAGGCUAAAGAUUCUCCAGCUGUUCCACCAAGUGCUGGAGCAAAUCAAUUGUUUCGUGGCUUUAGUUACGUGGAUACGUCUGCUUACACCGACGCCUUCCAAGGGUUAGAGGAAGGCAUGGAAUUUACCUCUCAGAAUGGCUCCUCUUCUUUUAAAAGUUCAAAUGAUUAUGUACCGACUGCGAAAGGAGUAAAGGAGGUCACUGAUGAAUAUGAUUUACGUGAGGAACUCGGUGUAGGUGCAUUCUCAGUUUGCAGACGAUGCGUACACAAAACUAGCGGCAAAGAAUAUGCUGUGAAAAUAAUUGAUCAAAGCAAAAGAGAUCCAGCUGAAGAAGUUGAGAUUCUUCUACGGUAUGGCCAACAUCCAAACAUCUGUACGUUACGCGACGUGUACGACGACGGGAAAUCGACGUAUUUAGUGAUGGAGCGAAUGUUGGGUGGCGAGCUGCUUGAUAAAAUUUACAAGCAAAAAUAUCUUUCUGAGAAAGAAACUGCUUAUAUUAUGGAUAUAUUAACAAAGACGAUUGAUUAUUUGCACCAGCAAGGGGUUGUUCACCGUGACUUGCAGCCCAGCAACAUUUUAUUUGCAAGCGAGAAUUGCACACCAGAUUCCAUACGAAUUGUGGAUUUUGGAUUUGCCAAGCAAAUGAGAGCAGAGAAUGGUUUAUUGAUGACACCUUGUUACACUGCAAACUUUGUUGCUCCUGAAGUUCUGAAGAAGCAGGGUUAUGAUGCAGCUUGUGAUAUUUGGUCACUAGGUGUUCUUAUGUACACCAUGCUUGCUGGGCGCACACCAUUUGCAACUGGUCCUGAGGACACUCCAACAAUGAUACUAAGCCGUAUUGGUGAAGGUAGCAUCACCAUGACGGGAGGAACGUGGGAUAAUGUGACUGACUUGGCGAAGGAUUUAUUGCGCAGACUUCUGCAUGUUGACCCGGCACAAAGAUUAUCUGCUGGUCAGGCAUUACAGCAUCCUUGGUUACGAAACAAAUCAUCCAUACCUGAUCGCAAGCUGACACUUACCGACACUGCGUCAAGAAUUAAAGAAGCCGUGAAAAAUACGUUCAGUGCCGUACACAAAUCGCCGGACAGCAAACCGUUGUCUGGCGUCACUGCCUCUGGUCUACACCAAAGACGCGCUGGUAAAGGAAAAUUCAUUCCUUGGGGAAGUAAAAAAUAGAUUAUUUAUGAGGUAAAACAUUUUUGGAAAAUAAUUUACAGCUUGAAUGAUGAUUAUGUGUGUGACGUCGCCGAGACGUAUGACAAGUCGCGACGUGUAUACAAGUGACGUGUGCAUCUUUGUAUUCAUUGUUUUUAUUCAAAUUCAAUAUCAGUUUUAUGAAAGGUUGGUUUGUUCCGUUGCUGUUUUUUGUAGAUAUUUGGAUUUCGUAUUCGCUACAUGCGUAUCUUUCUUUUUCUGUUACCGCGACCCCUUUUCUUACAUCCGGAAAUACAACAGAAAUUUCAAUUAAUAAUAUUUGCAGUAAUUUUUUUUAUUUUUAUGAAUGUUAUGAGAAAUAUUUAAAGUUGAAUUUUUUAGGUAUCACUUUAUUUUAGUUUUGCGCCCCUGAUCUUGUCUUAGUAAUUUGACUUUUGGUCAUUUUUCAAACCUACACCCAAUUCGGAAUACUAGUGGUUGUUGUAAGAGCGCUUUGUACUAAACCAAAAUUCCAUUUGAGAGAUUCCUCGUAGUUUUUUUUAAGGUAUAGUAAUCCAACAGAAUUGUUUUCCAAAUUAUUUGUAAGAUUGUUUUUUUGCGUGUUCAAUUUUCACAUUGUUUUUGUAAAAAUAAUAGUUUCUAAUUGGAUAAUAUUUUUUUUUUCUUUGCUGUUUAUUAGAAUAUGUUAUUUAUUUAGUCUAGUACCUAAAAAAAGUUCUUGUUUCGUUCUGCCUGUAGACAUUCCCAGGGCAUCUGACAUCAAGCUCUUGUGGAUUGCCACAUGAGCUUUUUGUGGUAAUCUCAAGACCUGAGGCUAAAUUAUAAAUUCAUUUUUUAUAUAUGUUUUUUUUUUACUUAUGUUUUUUAUUUAUUUGUCUUUUUUGUCUCAGAACGUAAAUCAAUAUUUUUGUAACUUCAGAACUUUUACAGUCUUGUUUCGGGUGUAAAAAACAAACACGUGGAGCCAUAAUAUUUUAUUCAGGGUUUCACAAUCCUAUACACUCGUAAUCAUCCUCUUUACUCCAUCUGUCGUAGUUGUGUGGUUUUGGUCGAGAAAGGUAUUGUGUUUUGUUUUUAUGUAUCGUAUGAUAAUUUCAUUAACGUAAAUAUAACGCUUUAAUUGAUGUAGGUUUUUUACAAAAAAAAAACGCAAAUGAUGGAUUA